UUACGUAUAUACAUAAUACUUUUUUUCCUAGUUCUUCAAUCAAUUUAAGUAAAAUAACAUCAGAAGUUAAGUUCAACUACAGCACGCGGGGAAUGAUGAGAAAGAUUUUGCACUCACUUGCCUACUUAGUGAAGGUCUAUAUUGAAAACGAGGUAAUUUCCGGCAUCCAUUAAGAAGAGAAGCUAGGUGUUGUCGUUUCGCUUGUGGAACGCCUUAAGAGUCUGUCAGAACGACAGUCUGAAUACCCCAACUGCGAAUGAGAUGGCUACUGCAGACGAAGGUGAGACAUUUUACCAAGUUGAGUUAAACAGAACAACUUGGAGAAUUCCAGAACGUUAUCAGAGACUUGCUCCAGUUGCAUACGGUGCUUACGGUCAAGUUUGCUCUGCAUACGAUAAAAUCACAGGGAAAGAUGUUGCUAUAAAAAAACUGAGUCGUCCAUUCCUAACUUCAAUCCAUGCCAAGAGAACGUAUAGGGAAAUUCGCAUGUUACGUUACAUGACACAUGAAAAUAUCAUUGGUUUAUUGGAUGCAUUUACACCUGAUAAAAGUUUACCUACUUUCAAAGAUGUCUACUUAAUCACACCAUUAAUGGGAGCUGAUCUAAACAACAUAUUAAAAACUCAACGUCUCAGUGAUGACCACAUACAGUUCCUUGUUUAUCAGAUUUUAAGAGGACUUAAGUAUGUACAUUCAGCUGAAAUAACUCAUAGGGAUCUAAAACCUGGAAAUUUGGCCAUAAAUGAAGACUGUGAACUUCGGAUUCUUGAUUUUGGAUUAGCUCGCAUGACAGACAGUGAAAUGACUGGCUAUGUAGCCACUCGUUGGUAUCGUGCUCCAGAAAUUAUGUUAAACUGGCGACAUUAUAAUGGCAAAGCAGUUGAUAUGUGGUCUGUUGGUUGCAUUAUGGCAGAAAUGAUUCUUGGACAUGCUCUUUUCCCUGGAAAUGAUCACAUUGAUCAAUUAAAUAAAAUUUUGAUAAUGUUGGGGAAGCCAAGUGAAGAAUUCAUAGAAAAUAUUUCCAGUUCCGAUGCUCGUGAAUAUGUAAGAUCAUUGCCAAACAUAAUAAGUAAAGAUUUUGAAAGAUACUUUGAGAAUGCUAAUCCUCUUGCUAUUGAUCUGUUAAGUAAGAUGCUUGUUCUUGAUGCUGACCAAAGAAUUACUGCUGAGGAAGCACUUGCCCAUCCAUAUCUCCAUCAAUAUUCUGAUCCUACUGAUGAACCUAGUUCCGCAGUCUUUAGAGAUCCUUAUGAAAAUGAGGAACUGUCUCUGGAAUCUUGGAGAAAGAUCAUCUAUGAUGAAUUAAAAGAGUUUCAUGAACUGAAAUUGAAGAAUAUAAGUGGAUCCUCUAGUGAACAUGCAACAGAAGCAUCUGGAACGGUUGUCUAACAAAACACUUUUGUUAUGUAUUUAAAUAAUCUGCAAUUCCCUUUCUUGCCUUCAUUACCUGAUGAUCUUAGAUUCUUCCUCCAAUGUUAUAUCUUUUCCUUAGCAAACAAACCUGUCACUUUUGAACUGCUGCCAUCACUGUGUUUGUAAGUAUGUAAAAAAAAAUAAUUAUGUAGUAUAUAUAAAAUUUGGCUUGUCAUUUAAGCAUUGCUCAUUGUAUGUGAAGGAGAGUAUGUCUAUUUUUGUAUCCAAUCUGCGUGUGUGUGUGUGUGUAUGUACUUUCAAACAUACACUCACACAUUCUCAAUUUGAGCUAGUAAUCAACAUGUAUAAUGAAUAGAUUUUUUUUUUUUGCUGAACUUUAUAAUUUGUUUUUAGUGCUCAUUUCUAGCCAUUUUCAAUUUUUAAAAUGUGUUUUGAAGUUUAAUUGGAAAACAAUGUUAAAAGUUGGUAUCUUGAGCCACCUAUUAGGUUUUUAAUGAAUUAAAAGAAAAAGUUAGUUAUAUUUUUUCUAUUUUUUUCAGUGUAAAUUUUAGUUAUGGUCAAUGUAUAGGAUAUUAUGACACCCCUCCCACAAAAAAAAAAAAAAAAUUACUAUUUACCACAAAUAAACAUGAACAAACAUUUAUUUUCUGAGAUAAUUUGAGUGUUGAGGAUGUAAGAUCCUACUGAUUAUUGUGUGUAUACACACACAUAAAGCUUUUAAACAAAUAGUUGCUAAGUUGAUUUUUGUGCAUCAUAUUUGAUGACUUAUAAGGUGGGCUUUUUUAUGUGUUCCAGAAAUCAGUCUGUCACUUAAGAACACAAAGUCAGUAUUUGAUUUACUGGCACAUGGUAGUUCAGAGGCUACAAUUCCCUGUAAAAUGAAGUGCAAGCAUCCCAUUUACUUUUCAGAGUUACUAGUAAUUUUCUAAGGUAUCAAUGCAUAUCAAUAGUACUUAUAUCAUAUAACAUAACACAACACCUGG